AUGGAACAUGGACAAAGCUGGGAUGAAGAUGUGGAACCUGAUUCAAACUUUGAAAUGUCAGCUAUGAACACAGGUCCGAAAGGGGUAAUAAAUGAUUGGAGGAAGUUUAAGCUGGAGAGUGAAGACCAUGAAACCACUACUUCAAACAAAAGACAACUCCUUAGACAACUGUCAUCACCAUAUCGAUCUCUCAGUAAGGACAAAGACACAAGAGAGAAAUUUAAUCGUAAGAUGAGUGUGCAGGAAUAUGAAAUGAUCCAGGGCAAAGAAGAUGAGACCUGUCUUCGUAAGUACCGUCAGCAGUGUAUGCAGGAGAUGCACCAGCAGCUGAGCUUCGGGCCUCAUUUCGGAAUGGUCUGUGAUCUAGAGAACAGCGAGCAGUUUUUGGAAGCGAUUGAAAAAGAAUUGAAGAAAACAACCGUGAUGGUGAACAUUUAUGAAGAUGGAGUGAAGGGCUGUGAUUCUAUGAUUAAUUCCCUAACAUGCCUCGCUUUGGAAUACCCCUUGGUCAAGUUCUGUAAAAUAAAGGCCUCUAACACCGGGGCUAGUGACCGUUUCUCUGACCAUAUUCUCCCAGCGUUACUAGUGUACAAGGCAGGCGAGCUGAUUGGCAACUUCAUACAACUCACCGAGCAGCUGGGUGAAGAAUUCUUUGCAGUGGAUGUUGAAUCCUUUCUAAAUGAAUAUGGGCUUUUGCCAGAGAGGGAAUUCACUGCAUGCAAAAAUGGCAGUGAUCAUAGUGAUGUUGAUAUUGAGUAA